CAUGCAGCCAAUUUUCCGGUUAUUUCGUGCAUGGCGCGCGAUUUUCUGGCCAUUCCAGCCACAUCUGUGUCAGUCGAGCGUCUCUUCUCGUCGUCGCAUCACCUCUGCCGUGACUCACGCUCAUCAAUGGCGGCAUCUACCAUUACUGAAGUCAUGUGUGCCAAGAAAUGGUUGGAGGACCCGGCGCUGUUUGCCAAGGUCAUUUCGAAAAAAACCUAG